AUGGUAGAAUGGUUAAUAUCUAAUCAGCUUGUUGAUUAUAAUGAUGCUGUGAAAUUCAUGGAAGAGAGAAUUAAAUUAAUUCAUGAUGAUCUAGAAGAUGAGCUGGUGUGGUUACUUGAGCAUCCUCCUCUAUAUACUGCAGGUAUUAGUGCAACAGAUGCUGAAAUUAUUGAAAAACUUUUUCCUAUCUAUAAAACUGGCAGAGGGGGCAAAUACACAUAUCAUGGCCCUGGUCAACGCGUUGUAUAUUUAAUGCUCAAUCUAAAAAAAAGAAACAAAUGUGAUAUCAGAUUAUAUGUUAAAAGUUUGAGUAACUGGAUCAUCAAUGUUUUAAAAUACUUUGGUAUAUCAGGAGAGUAUAAAAGAGAUAGAGUGGGCAUUUGGGUAAGUAAUAAUGGAAUAGAAGAAAAAAUUGCAGCUUUUGGUAUUCGAGUAAGGAAGUGGGUAACGUACCAUGGAAUAGCCAUUAAUGUUUCACCAGACCUUGCUCAUUAUAGANGAAUUAUCCCUUGUGGAUUACAAGGGUAUGGAGUAACGUCAAUGAAAAAGCUACGAGUUGAAAUUUCAUUUUCUGAAUUGGAUGAUAUACUAAAACAAGAAUUCUAUAAAAUUUUUCAAUAAACUUCUCUUAAAAUUCAAAAGAUUAUAUUAAUUUCUACAUUUUAAUUAUAUUAUUUUUAAUAUCUAUAUAGUAUAUAUGAACAUAUUAAUACUUUAGAGGCAAAGUGAAAAAAUUACUUGCUUUAGCGAUAUUAUCCGCUGUUUUUUUGGCAGAGCCAUGUUUUGGCAUUGAUUGGCUGAGAGAUAGAAUCUAUUAUUCUCUUUCGGGUAGUACUACUAUUGGCGCUAAGCAAGAGAUAGGUUAUCACUACACAGACAGCACUAAAAUUUCAAUUGGAUUGAUGAAUAAUGAUGAAUAUGGAGCGGGAUUAGGAGAGAUGAUCAUAGUAAAAUUUCAAUACCAUCAUAAAUUUGCAAGUACGGACAUUACUCCCUACGUUAAUGCUGGCACAGGCAUUGUUAAAGUAUUACAUGGUGAUAUUACUGACAUUAACACUUUCUUUGUUCUUUGUCAGGUAGGUGCUGGUAUUAACCUGCCACUUUCUUCAGGAACGAGUGUUUUUGCUGGCUAUAAUGUGCAGAAAUUCGAGAGAAUUUUGUGUGGAUUUGAGUUCGGAAUGAUUUUUAAUUUAUAAGAAUGAAAAAAUUACUUGCUUUAGCGAUAUUAUCUAUUGUUUCUUUAGCAAAGCCAUGUUUUGGCGUUGCUUGGGUGAGAGAUAGAGUUUAUAUCUCUUUGUUUAGUACUACUCUUCCUCUUAAACCUGAGAUAGGUUAUCACUAUACAGACAGCAUUAAAAUUUCAAUCGAACCUGUUUUACGUGAAUUCUACAAAGUAGGAUCACAGGCAGAUGCAGAUAUGUUGAUAGGAACGGGAUUCGUAGCAAAAUUUCAUUACCAUCAUAAAUUUAUAAGUACGGGUAUCAUUCCAUAUAUUACUGCUGGCACAGGCAUUAUUGCUACCAAAAUAACCGACUACUAUGACAGAAAUAAAGCUUCCGAUCUCUUAGUUCCUUACCAGAUAGGUGUUGGUAUUAAUCUGCCACUUUCUUCAAGAACUAGUAUCUUUGCUGGUUACAAGAUACGAAAAUCCCUUAAAUUUUCACGUGGAUUUGAGUUAGGAAUAAGUUUUAAUUUAUAA